GUCCAAUACUGCUGUCAAUCACCUUCACACAGAAUUAUGGGUAGCAUGUGACCCAAGAACCUCCAAAGGUCCUCUAACAUACCAUAGAGGAUUUAACAUGGUCACAUGACCGAAGGUCCUGCGACGCUAACAAGGGAGCCUUAGAAUUACCAGGGGAGAGUAGAAGAGCCAUUAGCAUCCUGAACCCUACACCACAUCCAUUAGCUGCAGUCACUGCUAAAAGGGAGAUGGGAGCAAAGCAUUUAACCACAGCAAUAAUCAUCAUCAUCAUCCUAUAAAAUAUAGUUCCUUGAAAGCAGGAACACACAUUGCACUUUGUACACCCAGCUCAACCCAUAGUGUGUGCUGCAUCCACUGAGCACUUGCUGAUGCCUGGGACUUCUUAUAAAAUGCAUCUGCCUGCAAAUAAUGAAAUAGAAUGAAUAAUGUAAAAUGGAAGAUCGACCUCUGAUACGUUUCAUAGAGUUUUUAAGAUAUUGAUCUGCAGAGAAAUUCUCCAGAACUCCAGUGUUAUCAGGGAUCUUUAUCACAAGCUGAGGGGCUGUCAAGGAGAGCAGGGAGGUUACCUUCUAUAGGGCUGGAGCUCCCUGGUAAUGGGGGGCAGGAGGAUGUCACAGGAGACCUGCAGAAGAGAGCUGGGGGUCUGAUGGUGAGAGGGGGCAUAGACUGAAGAGAAGAUCGACAGACUUGAUGAAGAGGGGAACUACAGAUCUGUUGCAGAAGGGAACUCUGAAAGGAUCAGCUCUUACAUGAGAUGCUAUAGACGUCUGGUCACUGCAGCCCUUACAUUUGGAAAGUUUAAAAGUCCAGCCAGUGCACCCCCAGCUGUGAGCUCCACCUGGACCCCAGGCAUUCAUGGCUUCUGAUUGGAUGACAGGCAGCUUGUGCCCACCUCUCCACACAGGGCAAUAUUUACUUCCUCAGCAAUGAGACCAGAUCAGAAGACAAGAUCAGGUGAAGCACCAAGUGCUCAGUGAGGUCACCUCCACCAAAGGACUUACAAGUGCUCCAUAAAGGACUAAAAUGAGUUCAUACUUGGAUUAUACUGGGGAUGUUUUAGCUUUCUCACCCAAGUUCUGCCGCAGUGACCAGAGAAAUGCUCCUUUACAAUCUUACCCUGGACCCAGCUCUGACAACCAGUACAUGGGGAACUUACCACUUGGUGUCCACCCAACCUCUACUCACCAGCCUCCACAUCAGGCUCCAGCACUUUAUGCUCCAUGCAGCCUGGAUGUUCCCUAUGAAACAGCUGCACCCGCAGAUUAUAGCUAUCUACCAGUCAGCUCUGAAUAUGACUAUACCUAUGGAUCUAGCCAUCCAAUGGAGGACACAGGAGGUCACAUCCAGUACACCAGCUCUGUCUAUCCAGGAAAUGGACCUUUCCUUCUCAAUGGGCAGCUGACUUACAAACCACUGGCAGAAGACAAUCAGAUGGUUCCACGUAAGGAACAACUAGACAUAUAUUCAGGAAACUUUAAGAAUUUAUCUCCUUCUCCUGGUUCUUAUCCCAAACCAAACUCUCCAGUAUCUGAGACCCAGACAGCGCUGAACACAUUUGAUUGGAUGAGAGUCAAACGAAAUGCUCCAAAGAAAACAAUGCCUUCAGAGUGUGGAGUCGCCAGUCCUCCCAGCACAAUGAGGACAAAUUUCACCACCAAACAACUAACAGAACUGGAGAAAGAAUUCCAUUUCAACAAGUAUCUUACCAGAGCCAGGCGCAUAGAAAUUGCAGACUCUCUUCAACUGAAUGACACUCAGGUCAAGAUCUGGUUCCAGAACCGGAGGAUGAAACAGAAAAAAAGAGAAAGGGAAGGGGUUCUGCCAAGCCCCCCAUCCUCAGGACCUUCUUCUAAUGUCUGUGCAGAUCUUAAGCAGACAUCCUUACAUAAGACAGAACCCCAUUCGCCUUCCAGUGAUGUCUCAUCUUAGAGGAACCUUCCACUGCUCAUGGCUAUAUCAGGACUGUUCAGUGGAGACUUUGCACUAUCCAGUGACUUUUACUAUAUAAAUGGCAUUUAAGACAUAGCUGUACA